AUGGAAGGCGAAGUGCCGCACAAGAAAAAGAGGUGUUACCAAAAUGAGCUAUCGGAGAAAAAUAACGUGAACAAGAAAAUUGUAUUUUUUCAUAUGGUCUACCUGACGCUGCUUUUUAUGGCAUGCUUUGUAGGAGGAGUGCUGCUAGGAUUUUGGACCACAUCAUACACUCCCGAGAUAAGUAUAAUUGAAGACGAUGCGAACACGUUUCAAUUUCGGUACAUAAAUACAAGGAUAAUAAUUGGGGGGAAAUUCAACAUAAAAUUAAGCGUUACUAAUAACACCACACUGUCCUAUAGCCUUUCUGCGGAGAGUGUAAAGUACUUUUACUACCCUGUGGGAGCGAAUCAUGCUUGUCUCUUAUACAACGGAGGUUUGGGGGAAAGCUCAGCUAACCAGACGCCCCUCUCGAGGAAGAGCCAAAUAAGCGUGCCACCGAACAAGGACGAGAAGACCUUCCCCACCAAGUUAUCCAUUAGAGUAAAAUAUUCCAUGCUGACCCCCUCAAGCGUUAUCCACACUGUACCUUUACACCUGGGUUACAAACUAACAGAUAUGCACAUAAGCGAAGUACAGCCAUUAUAUAACGACUGCAAGCGGUUCAAUAGGUUGUAUUUUUCCAUUAGACUCGACGAUCUGUACAUCUCAAACGAGUUUAGGAAGGUACAUAAUGAGAAAAAGUAUGAAUUAAUAUUUUCAUGUAAAUGUGCCAUUGAUGCAAAUGUACAUGCCUUGUUCAAUUCUAAGCCUCUUUAUAAGACGGCUAUUUUGGGCAACUUACCCAAUGACCCCAGUUUACUUGGCUAA